GUGUACUUUGGGUGCAUGGGUGAUGAUCAAGGAAAGAAGACAAAAAUUGCUUUGAUGAGGUGCUCCAAAGGUCCUGAUGUUCCUGGGGGUUCCUUGUCUGUUUCAAAAGAUGCCAUCUUACUACUGAGACCCAAGGCUAUUUUUUCUGUUGGUGCCUGCAGUGGUUUGAACAGCAAAAUGGUCAAGUUAGGAGAUGUGGUUGUUUCAGCAAAGCUGAUAACAGCUGCACACAAAACUCCCCCCAGCAUAGAUAUUGGUAACCUGAUCAAACAUGUGGCUGAUGGGUGGAAGGCACCUUUACAAAAUUCUGAUGAAUAUAAUGUCAAAGUGCACUGUGAUGGGGUGGUUCUGAGUAUCUCAGAGGCAAACAGAGAUAUGAUUAGGAAACAUCCUGAAGCAAUUGCAGUUGAAAUGGAAGGUGGAGGAGUGCAUGUGGCAGCCCAUGAUUUUAAUACAGAAUGUUUGAUAGUCAAGGGCAUAAAAGACUUUGUAGAUGAAACCCAGUAUUCAAGUAAGAAAUGGAAACAAAUUGCUAGUGUGAUGGCAGCCUCUGUUGUGGCCAACAUUUUGAAUGAUCCAGUCAUAUUCCAAGAUUGGCCUCACUUUAAUGCAGGUAUUGCUUCCUCCGUAAGUGCCCACACUGCAGCCCUAAAAUCAUCUAUUCUGGGCCAAACGGAACUCCAGCAUAUGCUGCUUCCCUCUCGCGCGAUUUCAAACGCAAAAACAGAUGAAAUAUUCAUUAAUCCUCUCGUACAGCAUGGAAGAAAAGUCCUCGUCAGGAAUGACAUGACAAAUGCAUGGAGUGAAGAGCUUGAGUACGACGAAAAAGUCAUCGGUACUCCAGUUGAGCACUGCGAUAAGAUAUUUAUGGGGAUGAGUGAUGACCAGGAGAAUCCUAAUUCUAUUCUUGUCAUUGGAAAAGCUGGGAUUGGGAAAUCUCUGUUUUGCCAAAAGUUGACUCGCGAUUGGGCCAACGCUCCUCACGCGAAAGAAAACACUGAAAUCCUUAAUUUAAAGUUUGCCAACUUGCUUACUUUCCGUCAAUUGAACAUGUUUGGAAACCACCCUGUGACUUUAAGAGAAAUCUUAAACUGUUCUUCGGUCAUGGAUGACUUUACAUUUGAUUACAUUGUAAAGCAUCCCAAGGAAGCUAUGAUCAUCAUCGAUGGUUAUGAUGAGUAUUCUCAGCAAGACUACAUCGCUGAAAAUUUAGAAGAACAGUAUCCCAAUAACGCUAGAUGUAAAAUGCCAGUGGCCGCAUUAUGUUCAAAGCUUAUCAAAGGAAAAAUAUUGAAAGGGGCUAUCGUCAUGAUUACCUCGCGACCUUAUGAAUCGGACAAGAUUGCAGGAAUUCGUUUUAAGCGGUUCGUGAAAAUUGCAGGAUUUUCAUCAGAACAAGUUAAAGAGUUCAUUGAGAAGUACUUCAAGAAAAACGAAAGUAUGAAGAACGCUGUACUUGAACAUGUCAUGAACAAUGAGCACCUAGUCAGGUUUGCUCAUAUUCCUAUCCUCUGUUUUUUGUUGUGCUUCGAGAUGGAGUAUAUCCUCACCGAGUCAGAAAACCCUCAAGACCUUCCUGUGUCAGCAACCGACAUUUACACAAAACUUGUGGAUGUCUUUGAACUUGAGUUCAACGUCGAGUUAGGAUACAGACAGAAAGAAAUUCCUGAGCAAUUCAGGCCCCCUCCUGUCAUCAAGAACAUAUUGGAGAAAUUAUCAAAACUAGCGGCAAAACUGCUGCUUGAAAGAAAGCCAACCUUUGAUGAAAGCGAGAUGGAAGGUGAUUUUGAACUGGAAGAGGUCAACAUACUGAAAGGUAGCGGUCUUCUUUACUGUGGUCAGCCUUUCAUGACUGCCUGGGGUACAACUACGAGACACUUAAGCUUCGCACAUCAGACCGUCCAAGAAUUCUUGGCCGCUCGUUGGUUUGUAAAGGAAAAUUAUGUUCCAGACGAGAAAUGCUCUGAAAUGGUUUUCCAAUUCAUGGCUGGUGUUUUGUCAAGAGAAGGAAACGAGAAACUGAUGGAAAAAUUAUUAGAUUCACCCUUCAUGGAAUCCGCUCUUAAAAUGACGUGUCUGAAUGAGUAUCAAAACAAAGAAUUCGCUAAAAAGUUCAUCAGGAAUAAUCCCCAAGCGUUUUGUAUUUCUGACGGCGUCAUGGUGUUGCAGAAUUUAUCAGAUGUAGACUACACUGAUGCAUCAUUUGUGUUGGACAUAAUCAGUGAACUAAAUAAAGAGGAAGCUGGAGAGGCACAACACAAAUGUUCUGAUAAGUUCGUCACAGUUAAGGAGUUAGAACUUAAUAGUUCACAGCUAACACCGUAUGGAAUUCAACGAGUCUUUAAUUCACUGAACAAUGAACACUGUCAUGUGUCUGAACUGAACUUAUUAUUGAGUAACUUGACUGAUGAAUGCGUUGAUGUUAUUAGUAGAUUAGUGGUAAGGAAGUUGACUACACUAGGUCUGGAGAAAAUUGAGAUCACUGAUAAGGGUUUUGCCAGUCUAUGUGAAGCUUUACAGCAUCCAAGUUGUAAGCUAGCCACACUAAAUCUGUGGGGUAGUAAGAUCAGUGAUACCGGUUUUGCCAGUCUAUGUGAAGCUUUACGGCAUCCAAGUUGUAAGAUAACCACACUAAUUCUGGUUGAUAAUAAGAUCAGUGAUACUGGUUUUGCCAGUCUAUGUGAAGCUUUACAGUAUCCAAGUUGUAAGCUAACCACACUAAAUCUGGGGGGUAAUGGGAUCAAUGAUACCGGUUUUGCCAGUCUAUGUGAAGCUUUACAGUAUCCAGGCUGUAAGCUAACCACACUAAAUCUGUCGCACAAUGAGAUCAGUGAUACCGGCGUUGCCAGUCUAUGUUUUGUUGUUGGUCCAGAAGGCUUUCUCCUUCCUCCUGCCCAGUCACCUGCAAAAUUGAAAUCAAUCUCGACUUGGUCACGGCGCGUCUUUUCGCGCAUCGGGAAGUUGUCUUGCAUUCACUCAUUGGGUCAUGUGACACUCACCUUUUUUCUGAUUGGUUGUGGUGUUAACUCUGAUUUCGUUAAAACAAGACUCACUCAAAAUAUCCUCUCAGAUUCUAAACUAAUGUGCGUAAAGGUGAUUUCAAGGACUCUGAGCCUUGUUGCAUGGCAUCUUUACCGAAUGUCAGCCGAAAAGCAGCACCCUGAUUUCCUGUUCUCCUAG